AUGAGCGCGGCUACCCCGACCAGCCCCGGCUUCCCGCUGGGCGUGGGCUCGUCGACGUCGAUGACGGGCAUCGCUGGCGGACCUUCCUCGGUGUCGGGCAGCCCGCGCGGCACCAGCAGACCCACGACACCCCUCUCAGCCGGCAUCCCCGUCCUGGGCCCCACCUACGAAGAUGUGCGCAAAUGGGAAGACGCCGACAUCGCAGCGUGGCUGCAGUCGGCGAGGCUCGGUGCCCAUGCCGCCACCUUUGUCGAGCACGACAUCCGCGGCUCCGUCGUCCUCGACGUCGACCAGGCCGCGCUCAAGGAGAUGGGCAUUGUCAGCGUCGGCGACCGCGUCCGCAUCUUUGCCGCCAUCAAGGCCCUCAACAAGCGCUGCGCCGACUCUGCCGCCUUCGAGCGGCGGCGCAGGGGCAGCGCGUCGUCCCUCAGCGCCACCUCGCCGCGCCGGAUCCACAUCUCGCUGCCAAGAUCCGACCCGUACCAGAACGGGCAUUCGCAGGACGGAGAGAUGGAGUACCUCGAGUACGACAACGCCGACCUGGAGCGCACCGACGAGGCGGGCGAGCUAGCCGGCGCCGGCUCCGGCCGAGGCUCGCUGGGCGGACGUGGGCGCCAGAUACGACCACCGCCUUUGCUACUCAAGCAGUCGGCUUCGCGUGGGCUGCCAGGCCAUCCUUCGCCAGUAUCGUCGAUCAACAACGGCCAGGGCUUUGGCCUGAGCGCGGCCCGCGGCCUCACGCCGGGCGCGGGCAGGGGCAGCAUCAGCUCCCGUGGCGCCGGCGCCGUCCCCUCGAAGCCGGGUGACGGGCUCAAUGGCAGCGGCAGCAACGGUGCUGGCGGUGGCGGCAGCCUCCAUCGCAAGGUCAAUUCGAUUGGCUCCUCGUCUAUCCCCGGUGUGGGCGCCGCGCCAUCGCUCUCGCAGGGCAAGGGCGCCACCCCGGCGGGACUCCUUGGCCUGAGCGCCAGCCGGGGCCAGCCUGGCCAGGCCCUCGCCUCGGGUCGGCCCAGCACGGCGACGGGCGCCGGGGCGUACGGCUCGCUGCACUCGCACGGGCAAGGGAGAGGCCUGCUCGGAUCGCCAUCGACCGGAGCAUCGAGCCCCACCACGGCUGGAUUCUCACAAUCAGUACGGCCUUCGACGGCCGGUGGCGCCGGCUCCUAUGGCGGCGGCGGUGGCAUGAGCUCGAAUGGCCAGUCUUCGUACGCACCGCUGACGCCCAUCACCGAGAGCAGCGGCUCGCACCACUCGACGCCGGCCAAUGGCGGACAGCGGUCGGAUGGCUCCACUGCGACGACGCCCUCCAACGGAUACACGGUCGGGCGCGGGCCCUUCGCGUCGGCCUCGUCGUCUUCCGGGUCUGCUUCCGCUGCGGCGACGAGGCCGAUCACGCCAGGAAGAGAGUGGGUGGGUGCGGGGCUCCAGCACUCGAGCUCGCUGCGCCGACCCGAGACGGCGGAUGCGUAUGGCUCCAAUGUCGCGCCGCCGCCGACGCUCGAGGAUCUCAAGCGACGGACGAUCAAGUUCAUCAGCGAGGAGGACAAGACGACCCGGACCGUCAACGUCAGCGACUGUCGGGACGCCUACGACGUCAUGUCGCGCGUGCUCAAGAAGUUUGGCAAGCCGGCCAGCGGCAACAGCUACCGCCCCACGGCCGACCAGGGCCCCACGGGCGACGACCUCGGUGCCACCGAGACGUGGGGCAUCUUUGCCACCAGCGCCGACGGCCAGAACACCAAGGCGCUGUCGGACAACGAGCUGCUCGCCAUCUGCCAUGCGCCGCAGGUCCACGACCCGCUGCGCGAACGCGGCCUCACGCUGCGCAGGAUCCCCAACCACCUGCCUGGCGAAGACGUCAAGCGAGCGCCGCCUCGGUCGGGCCGUCACAAGCUCGAGGCCUUCUUUGGCGAACGCAUGCCGGUCAAUCAGAUGAGCCUUGCCCCGCCGGGCAGCCCGCGCGACCAGGACGGCGACGCCGGCAGCGUCACCAUCAGCGGCAAAAAGAUGCGACGCGCCAGCACGGUCAGCAUCAUGUCGGGCCUGGGCGUCGGCUACCUUGCCGGCGUGGGAGGCGGCGGAGGCGGGAGCGGUGGCAGCGGCGGUGCCAAGGACCGCAGCAACGGCAGCGGCACGAUUCGGCAGAAGGACGGCGGCACGAUCCGAGGCAAUGCGCCGGCUGCGCCCGCAGCGGCCCCGAGGCCGAGCAAGAUCCGCAACUUUUUCGGCCAGCGACCGCCGUCGGAGCUCAUCAACACCAACCUGGCCGACUUCUUCCCUUCGACCGACAGCAAGGCGCUGCAGAGGACGGCGCGGCGCUCGAUCUACGGCCGCGCCUCGGCCAGCACGCGUUCCAAGCGCAACAGCACGUGGAGCUUUUCGGCAGACCCGGACGCGCCGCCGCUGCCGGGCAAGGAGUCGCUCGACGUGCCGAGGCUCUCGCCGGACCGCGAGCGUGCCAGCCCUUCGCCGUCGAACCUGGACCGCGACGGCAUGCCCAUCAUUCAGAUCGGCUUCGGCUCGAGGCCGGAUGAGAUUGUCGAGCGCAAGAGCAGCCAGCAGAGCAGCCGCGAGGGCCCGCCGACCUUGCCGCCGAUCGUGGGCCGGUCGUCGCUCGACGACUGGUCGCGAGGCCUGCAGGCGGUCGGCACGCCCGUCGCCGAGCUGGGAAGCUUCCCUUCCAAGCCGACUUCGUCCAGGCCCAACAUGUCGCGCCGCACGUCGAUGGAGAGCUCGCGGAGCCGCCGCAGCCUGGCCUCGCAGGUGCGGCACGGCCUCCUUGGCGGCGGUCGCGCGUCGGGCGCCAGGCGGUCGUACCGGUCCAGUUCGAGGGCGGCGAGCACGCGGCCGUCGAGCGGGCUCAGCUCGAGCGUCGAAGAGGAGGACGACGACCAGGCGCGGCCAGACUCGGACCUCGACGAGACGAUCAGCUCGCUCAUCCGUCGGCCCUCGGCCGAUGCACCUCGCCCUUCGUUGGACGAAGGGUCCGCGGUGGCGGCGGCGGCGACGGGCACGGACGCGGCGGCAUCUGCACCGGCCGUGACGCUGACUGGCGCUCCUGCGGUGGCGGAUGCCGGCGCUGCGGAGCGAGACAUCAGCGCAGGCGAUCUGCGCAAGAGCGUGUCCAGCGGCGGUGUCGCUGCUGGCACUGCUACGGCCGACAACUCUGGCUCGUCGCUGCGGCGGUCCGAGUUUGACUCGGACGACGAUGACCUCGACGAGGACGAGGACGACUUCAGCGACGAGGACGAGGACGACGAGGAUGACGAGGACGACGACGAAGAGGAGGCGGACUCGGAGGUCGAGGCCGAGACGAGCAUCUACCGCUCGCAGGCGGCCAACAAGACGCCAAUCAAGUGGCACAAGGGCGCGCUGAUCGGCGCCGGAUCGUUUGGCAACGUCUUCCUGGGCAUGAACGCCAAGACGGGCCUGCUGAUGGCCGUCAAGCAGGUCGAGCUGCCGUCGGGCGACUCGCACCUCGACCAGCGCAAAAAGGGCAUGCUCGAGGCGCUUGAGCGCGAGAUCAAGCUGCUCAAGACGCUGCAGCACGAAAACAUUGUCCAGUACCUCGACUCGUUUGCCGACGGCAGCCACCUCAACAUUUUCCUCGAGUACGUGCCCGGCGGCUCGAUUGUGGCCUUGCUGCGCAACUACGGCGCCUUCGAGGAGCCGCUGGUGCGCAACUUUGUCGGCCAGAUCCUCAAGGGCCUCAGUUUCCUCCACGCCCGCGACAUUGUCCACCGCGACAUCAAGGGCGCCAACAUCCUCGUCGACAACAAGGGCGGCAUCAAGAUCAGCGACUUUGGCAUCAGCAAAAAGGUCGAGAGCGACCUGCUCGUCAGCGCGCGCGCCCACCGCCCCAGCCUGCAGGGCAGCGUAUUCUGGAUGGCGCCCGAGGUGGUCAAGCAGACGUCGUACACGCGCAAGGCCGACAUCUGGUCUCUGGGCUGCCUGGUCGUCGAGAUGAUCAGCGGCACACACCCGUGGGCCGAGCUCAACCAGAUGCAGGCCCUCUUCCAGAUCGGCAUGUCCAAGAAGCCCACGAUGCCCGACGAGAUCUCUGCCGAGGCCGUCGACUUUCUCAACAAGACGUUUGAGCUGGACCACACGCUGCGCCCCUCGGCCGACGAGCUGCUGCAGCACGCCUUCAUCACCGACGACUACACGGGCGUCGCUGGCGGCGAAGGGGCGGGCGAGGCGGCCGGCACGGGUGCUGUCGGUGCCUCGACGUCGUCGUCGACCACAACGCCUACCGCCGCCACGUCGACCGUGACGGGCACCACGACGACGACGCUGGUCGAGGGCGACGAGGAUGCGGCCGAAGCCAAGGAGUCCUCUGCCGCCGCCGCAGCUGCAUCUACUGCUGCUGCGGCGACUACUACGGCGGCCAAGGAGGGAGGGGGCAAGCUCAAGAGCCGGGGCACGCUCAAGCGGGAUCGCAAGGAGCGGGGCGAGAAGAAGGACGACGCAGCCGGCGCUGCCGCCACCGCUGCCGCUACUGCUCCCCCUACGACAACGACCGCGACGGCCGCAACGACGUCGCCUCCCACCAUUGUCGUGGACAAGGACAAGGACGAGGGUAAGGAUGCAAACGGCAUCGACCGGGACCGGGACAGGGAUGAGAGCAAGAAGGAAGACGGUCUGGCGGACAAGGCCGAAGGUGCCGAAUAG